AGUGAAAAUGACAUUGUGAAAUUGUGAUGAAUUGUGGAUCUGCCCUUAAGAAAUCAAAUCCUCCUUCGACACUUGGUCGCACACGACACCGGAUAUCUGUACACAAGUGUACACACUACAAAGCUAACAAAAAUCAACGUGUUUCUCAGUGUUUGUUUUUAAAACGGAAAGGCUACAAUCUAUCAACAAAGUCUGAAACUACGGGAUCUGUUAAUGCGAAAUCAUAUUAUUUUUUUGUGAUGUAGUGCGUCCAUUAUUUUCAUGAUGUCCGGAAUAAAAUUUUGUCCUGAAAUCGAAUUCUCCUUUGAAGAAGAGUCUGUCAAAAGGCGACAUGUCCCAGCAUUUUUUCGUCAAAUUUAUGGACGAGAAUAAUCAAAUUUGACUCUAGCCUAGUCGAAAAGUUAUUGUUGCUUUUUUCAAAAAUGGCAGGCAACUUUUGGCAAAGCUCGCACCAUCAACAAUGGUUGUUGGAUAAGCAAGAUUUAGUUCGAGAACGUCAACACGACCUUUCGAUAUUAUCGGAAGAAGAGUAUCAGAAAUUAUUUAUUUUCUUUUCGAAUCUGAUUCAAGUUCUAGGAGAACAAUUAAAAUUACGACAGCAAGUAAUUGCAACUGCGACUGUUUAUUUUAAGCGAUUUUAUGCGAGAAACAGUGUAAAAUGUAUCGAUCCACUCUUGCUAGCCCCAACUUCCGUCUUUCUUGCUUCAAAAGUUGAAGAAUUUGGCGUUAUAUCUAAUAGUAGAUUGAUUACGACUUGUCAAACCGUAGUGAAGAACAAAUUCAACUAUGCCUACUCGCAAGAAUUUCCGUACCGUACAAAUCAUAUUUUGGAAUGUGAAUUUUAUUUACUGGAGCAUUUGGAUUGCUGUCUGAUAGUCUAUCAGCCUUAUCGCCCCCUGUUGACUCUGAUACAAGACGUUGGUCCAGAUGAACAGCUCGCUUCGCUUGCUUGGCGAAUUAUAAACGACAGCUUGCGAACAGAUGUCUGUCUGCUCUAUCCUCCCUAUCAAAUCGCCAUCGGUUGUUUACAAAUCGCCUGCGUCAUAUUGCAAAAAGAUUUGAAAUCAUGGUUUGCGGAGUUAAACGCCGACAUGGAGAAAAUUCAGGAAAUAGCUCGCUAUAUAAUAAACCUCUAUGAAUUGUGGAAGACUUAUGACGAAAAGAAAGAAAUCCAAGGAUUACUAAAUAAAAUGCCAAAACCAAAGGCUGCGCCUCAACGCUGACAUUCGACUGACUCUGCGCUCAGUGUCUGGGAUUAAAUGUUAAGGAUAGCAUUAUUGUCGAUCAUAAUUAUUGCUGACUAAGAAUCUGUAAAUUAAUUCUGAAAAUCUCCUAAUUUCUUAGUCAGAUUUUAAAUAUAAUUAAUUAAAAAAUUCAAUGUCCUGAAUGCAAUAUAGAAUUUUAAUAUUUCUUAUUUUGUACGAAUGUUCUAAUUUUAAUAAGAGGAUUCUCAUUUCGAAUUCGGUUAUUUUAUAAACCCAGUGAUCUGUCUUUUAAAUUAUAAUAUCAGGCUAAUAGUUUUUUUAAUCUGAACACAUUUUAUAUUAUUGAAUUUUAUUUACAAUUUCUUCAAAUAUAAAUAUCGAAAACGCAUUACUUCUCGGAAUAAGGAAGAAACAACACAUUUUUCUUAAUUUUCUUAAUAAAAUACGUAAAGCGGAUAAAAAUCGAAUAAACCUAUUUACA